UCUACCUCUGUAUCUCUCCUCAGCAACAGGAAGCACUUCAUCCACCGCCAGUCUCCCCCGACCCCAGCACAAGAAGAACCAGGAUGCCGGACACAAUCAUGUCCAAGGAGCCCAGUUCCGACUUGGAGAGCGCCAUGCAGAUGCUCAUCAAGACCUUCCAUAAGUACUCUGGGAAGGAGGGGGACAAGUACACCCUGAGCCGGGGGGAGCUCAAAGAGCUGCUGCUGGGGGAGCUAGGCAGCUACCUCGGGAGCGGCAAAGAUAAUGAGGGGGUGGAGAAGGUGAUGAACGACCUGGACGCCAACAACGACGGGGAGGUGGACUUCACCGAGUUCAUCAUCCUCAUGGGCGCCCUCACGGUGGCCUGCAAUGACUUCUUCCUCGACGUCAAGCCAGAAGACAAGCCCAAGGAAUAG